AUGAACGCGGCAGUGACGAUGGCAUUCGCCGGGUUCUUGCGACUCGGCGAGAUUACGUUCAAAGGGAAGGCUGCUUACACAACUACAUUGGCAUCUCGACAUCCGCUUCCAGUGCGGUCGGCCGCUCAGUCUACGCCGGUUGAGCAAUACAUCGACUACAUGAACGCGAGCACCGAGCAGAAAGAGACAGAAGCCACCAACCAACACCGAGAAUUUGCAGCAGAGAUCGCGAUCAAGAGCGAGCUUUUACCAGAGCGCACAACGACCAACCGCGAUACCAAGAACGACAGCGAUAUUUCCACCGAAGACAGCGAACCGACAUCAUCGCUCCACCGCCGAGAGCAACACCAAGAGCGAGAAAUGGAGAACGGCACAGACAUCGAGAGCAGGAGCACACAACUACUACGACCGACCCGACCGCACCAAUUGCUCUACUACUACGAGAGCAACACUAGGAGGUCGCGAUCUGAGAUUCACCAAGCCGCUCACCAAGCCGCUCACUUUCAGCACUUCUUCACCGACGCUCGACGGAUUCUCACUUCGGAUGGCUCGGUUCGCAGUGCGGCGGUAGAGUCAGACACAAAGUCGGAUACGCCGCGAGAGUUCGGAAUCGGGGUGCAGGUCGCUUUGGGAGUCGCGGUUCUCAGCUGGUGGAUGCUGUUGAUGACUGCUGCCUUCUUCCACACAUGGUUUGAGAAGUUAACGGGCUCUCUGGUCGCUCUCACCACCAUCUACUUGGUUGAUCAGCACAACGACGCACACUGGCCUGCAACCACUAACUGCAAUACAUUUGAAUCGAUCGACUGCUCGCUGUUAUACAUGCCAAUUGGCACGAGCACAGCGGAAUACGAGCGAGAGAAGAGCGCGACGGACAGCGCGACGGAUGAGCGGAACAGGUUUCCUUGGUUGAUGGAUGGUGCCUUUGGUUUUCAAAAGCGAAUGGAUGUCCACGAGGUCGCGAACGUCUUCCUUUUUGGGGGGAAUUGUGAUAUAGCGACAGGACAACAAUGA